AUGGCGUCGACGUAUGCGCUGCCUAAUGCUUCUACAUCGCAAACCUACACCCAUGGACGUUCACCAUCGCUCUAUACUCCCGAACCCUCUCCAUACGCGAACAGCCCCUUGAGCGGCGCAUCACCUGCAAAAGAGCCCGGCCACCGACAUUACCGAUCGGACAUGAACGGAAGCGGGCAUUUGCAUGGCGUAAUGCACUCGCCAUAUGCUGAGCACAGUGACCAUGGACACGACCACGAUCAUGGACACAACCGCUCGGCUUCGAACGACUCGACGUAUACGCUGAAGCCGUUUCUGAACGGGAGGCCCAAAAAUAGGCCACGAGGGGAGUCAGACUUGGGACGGUCAAAGAUUACUUCCUCUACAAAAUAUGGCUUCUCGCCGAUACACGAGACUGCUCCUGUCUCUCCCCCCUCACCUUCAUCAUGGCUCGAACUACCCGAAGCCCUCACCGCGCUCCUCAUACCCCUCCCAUACAUCUUCGCCUCGUUAGCGUACCCCAGCGUAGUCGGACGGGUACAAAAGCUGCCCUCGACCCUCUCAGAAGCCGUUGCAGAAAGUGCGCCCACGGUAGAACUACCGAGUACAAUGGGUGAAUCCCCACUAUUGCACGCCCUAGUCCUCUCCUCCGCCACAUUGAUACUGGUUGGCCUGAUAGCCAAGGUCAACUCCAGCCUACAGCCAUUAGACAGACGGAAAGCCGAAAAGGGAACAUUUGAUAUUGGCCAGGCGCCCAAACGCAUACUUGGCAAUAUACUUGGUAUGCUGCUACCGUUCUACGCCACGAUGCAGCUAGGAGGACCAAAGACAGCCUUAGUGCUGCUAAUUGCAGUAGCUGCAGGAAUCGGUUCUUUUGAUGACAAGCGAGGAAACCCUACGGCGUGGGACCAGCUUCAGCGGACGUUGAAGACACGGAAAUCAACAUGCAUAGUACUCCUGCUGGUCUUGGUCCAGGAUGCUAUCAAGUCAAGUAAUCUCACAAGCACAUUACUCGGUCACGGUGUGCUUCUCACAUCAAUCCUGUUCGCUCCUCCGCCUCUACCGACAGUCGAAUUGCCCAUCAGAACAGCGUCUCAAAGCGAGGGCUCGUAUAUCAAUCAGCGCCCAGCACGAUCCUCCGUAUCGAAGGUUUCGUCGCCUCUUGUAAGCUCGUUCGAGAAGACGCUCCUCACAAUCGCGUCUGGCCUUAUUCUGACUGUCGCCACCAUUAUGUAUUCUCUUAUAUCAUCUUUCUCGCCGUCCCUUUCCCAGCAUGCUAUAUGGUUUUCGACUUUAUCAGUGGCAUCAGCGACGGCGCUUGUAUACUUUGCGCUUCCACGGGCAUUAGACAGUCAAAAGCACAUUGGUUUGGCAUUAGGAUGUGUCUUGACUACCGCUUUCAAUACCUGGGAACAGUACAACGUGGGCUUCUCUUGGGCUUUAUUCCCGUUGAACAGCGCGGUAUUCGCUGCAGCGGUUGUUCUGGAUACGCGAGCACUCAUAGUUCCUACGCCAAAUUCUCACGGCCAUUCACAUUCGAGCCACGCGCAUUCUCACGAUCAUCAACACGACCAGGAACACGAUCAUCAUCUGCAUGGGAAUCACUCAAGAUUCUCUGCGUUCUUGAUUGCGCGGGCCACACCAGGUUCUAUCAUCCACAGUGUCCUGAUCGAGAAAGACUCGAGGCGGAUUGCGUACUUUGGAGUACUCAAUCUGGCCUUCAUGCUGGUGCAAUUCUUUUACGGCUUCGUCAGUGGCUCGUUAGGGCUUCUUACCGACAGCAUCCAUAUGCUCUUCGAUUGUGCUGGUCUCGCUGUGGGUCUAGCAGCCGCAGUGAUGAGCAAAUGGCGCCCGAAUGCACGAUUUCCGUAUGGCUAUGGCAAGAUUGACACACUGUCUGGCUUUGCAAACGGCGUAUUUCUAUUGCUCGUCAGUGUAGAAAUCAUAUUCGACGCAUUUGAACGUCUUUGGGAGGGUCACGAGCUGCAACGACUGAACGAGCUCCUAGUCGUCAGCAUUCUCGGCUUCCUCGUCAACAUCGUCGGUCUAACAGCAUUUGGGCACGCUCACCAUGGCCACGGUCACUCUCACGACCACGGCCAUGAAGGUCAUGAUCAUGGCCACUCACAUGGCCACUCUCAUGAUAAUGAGAACAUGCAGGGCAUCUUCUUGCACAUCCUCGCCGACGCUCUGGGCUCCGUCGCUGUCAUCAUCUCUACCCUUCUCACCAAGUACUAUGGCUGGUCUGGUUGGGACCCCAUCGCAUCGUGCAUCAUCGCUGUUCUGAUCUUCUUGUCUGCCAUCCCUCUUGUAAAGUCUAGUGGAGCUAGGCUGAUGCUGAGCUUACCGAACGAUCUCGAAUAUGGUAUUCGAAAUACGCUGGGCGAGCUGGGUUCAUUGAGGGGCGUAGUGGGUUACGCGGUGCCGAAAUUCUGGCUAGAGGACGAGGGCGCCGCACAUGCGGAAGCGCAUGCUAAAGAAGCGCAUGCCUGUGGACACGAGCAUAAGCACGACCAUGACCAUGACCACGACCACGACCACAAACACGAUCAUUCAGAAGAACACACACAUGAUCAUGAUCAUGACCAUGCUCAUAAACACGACCACGACCAUGAACAUAGCCACGCCGCGCCCAAGCAAAGAAUCCUCGGCGUUAUUCACAUCAUUGCCUCGCGAGCCGCAGAUGUCGAAGAUGUUCGAGAACGUACAACACAGUUCCUCAAAGGCCGGGGUAUGGAGGUCGUUGUCCACGUUGAGCAUGAAGGCGAAGGACGAUGCUUCUGCGGUGGCGGGAGUGGGAAGAUGAGCUAA